AUGAAAUUAGUCUCUAAGACUCCUUCCGGCUUUAACUUUCCUCGGGCUUUCUUUGUAGCCAGCGACGCAGGACAGGCGGAGCAGUUCCCGGCUGCCUCUUCUGGCCAAUGCGCUUCGGCGAAGACAGCUGUAACUGCCGGGAGCCGGAGCCUCCGGGGCUUGUACUCUGUUAAAAUAGCUGUUGCAGCAACAGCAGCUUAUACCCAGCCUGUAGCUCCCCCUACUCCAGUCCAGGCAUCCAGACUGGUGCGCUGGUGGCCCUUCUGCUGUGCUCUUGCUCCGGUUCCUUUGCGUUCCUCAUCAGCGUCUUUUCCCCUCUACCUCUCACCUCUGGCUCCAUCCCGCAGGUGGCCAACUCCUAAGCGUCCGGACUGGAGGAACACUCAGUCCCCUCCCUUACCUCCCACUAACCCAUCCCCGGCAGGAUUUCCAGUCCGCUGCCGGGUGCGCCCAGCUGCGGCUGCUACUGCUGCUGCUGCUGCUGCUCCGUGCCGCACCUCUGGCCGCAGCCGCCCCGAGGUUCCCUCCCACCUCAACUCCCACGCCUUCUGUGACACCCCCCCCCCUUUCCUUUCCUCUCCCCUAGUCUUUCAGCCCGAAGUCCCCACCCCCUGUGCCCUCAGGGGGGCACCCCCAAGGGGUGGGAGGGUGGUCAGCCGUGCCCAGGUCGCCAAGUGGCGGAGAGGUGACGGUAACCGCCUUCCUAUUUCCGCUCAGCCGAGUGGUGUGGUGUAUGUGUGUGCGCGUGUGUGUCAGAAGGAGCGAGAGCUCAGAGAGACACGGAGGGAGAGAGCGCAGAGAGAGGAGUUUCUGCUUCGCUCGCUCCUUCUCCCACUCACGGGAGCCUUGGAGCAGGGCCUGUCCUCCCGCCCCACUUCCCCCUCCCCCCGCGCCGAGCAGCGUCUCAGUCACUUGGGCGCAGCAGGUUGGGGCAGGAGGCUCCAGCGCCUGCAGCCUGCCUGGAAAAUGGUUACUCCGGCGGGGGAGCUUGCACUGAUCGGGCUAGGUAUUUUAUUAGCAGUGUGCCAGGCUUUGGAGAAUACAACAUCUGCCUUGAAUGGUCCCCCUAUGGCAGCUGCAGUGGUUUCACAUUUUCAUGACUGUCCAGAUUCCCACAGUCAGUUCUGCUUUCAUGGGACCUGCAGGUUUUUGGUGGAAGAGGAGAAACCAGCGUGUAAAUGCCAUUCUGGGUAUGUUGGGGCACGAUGUGAACACGCAGAUCUCCUUGCAGUGGUGGCAGCCAAUCAGAAGAAACAGACCAUCACUGCCCUGGUGGUGGUUUCCAUAGUAGCCUUGGUUGUCCUUAUUGGGAUCUGUGUACUUAUACACUGCUGUCGAAUAAGGAGGCCUUGUGAAUGGUGUCGGGGCUUUGUAUGUCAACAUGAGAAGCCCAGUGACCUCUUGAAGGGAGGAACAACCUGUUGCCGCUCAGAGACAGUGGUCUGAAGGAAAGACACUGGGGAUACAGCCAGUUGGACUGCUGCUGCCCAAUAAAGGAGAAAGGACUCUUCUAAAGAAGUGCAUUUUCCAUGGAAGCAAUUAUUGCUGGGGACAUACUAGCAAGCAUUUUUUUUCCCUGCAUUGCCUCAAAAACUCCUAUGCAUCGUCUUUAUUAUUUGCUGGGCUUUUAAACUCGUCGAGAAUCCCAUCUGUUUGGGGUUACUUGGAUGAACUGAGGAUGGAAAUCGGCAGACCACGAAACCCUUAAGACUGUGUUGUUGGAGCUGGAUGACGGAUGGUCUUGGAAGGAAUGACAAAGAGUGUUGGCUUCUUGUUUACGUAGCAGAAUUGGGUGCAGGUUUGGAGGUGUUUGAGUUUGGUGCAGGUGUGUGUGUGCUGCCAGGGAUGAAUUUCAAUCCGAAGUUCUUCCUCUUUUUCCCCCUUCUUGUCCAUUUGUGCUUCAUUUUUGUCUUUGGAUGAAAUUGUCCGUCCAUCCCCAUAACCUUUUUGUGGUGUUUGGGAAUCCACCUGGAACCAUGAGUUUCCUUCAAGUUGUUACAAUUCUGUCUCAUUUUUUUAAUGAGGGAAAGUGGAUAAAAUGGGGUUGCUGCUUACAUUAUGGAAAGACAACCAGUUUUAAGAGGAAUUGUCUUUUCUAGCUACAGAACCUUUAAGACUUUAAUCCUCUGAAUCCUCUGGAUGUAUCUACCAAUAGAUAUUGUAAACCCUCAAUUGCUGUUGUUUUUUUUCCAAUGGUGAUAAUUUCUAAUUUAUUAGAUAUGAAAGAUUUUCAUUUUUCAUCUCUUAAAUCAGUGUAAAACACACACACACAAUCUUUUUAAAUCUUCUACUUCUGCUGUUUAAUUACAGACUGAAGUUAUAGCUCAAAAAAUAUAUUUGCAUCUUCUAAUCAGGGAGGGUACUUUUAGCAUCCUAAUUGUUAAUCUCUGAGGAGGAAGGCCACAAACCAUAUCACAAGGAGCAAAAAUGCAUAACUGAAAUUUUAAAAGUUGAGCUUUGAGACCCUAAGCCAUCCUAUGGGUUCAGUCUUAUUCUAGAUGGGAUAACUUGUAAAGAGCAAACAGGAAACUCACCCGUUCUAGAGAAAGUGAGUGGGCAGAUAGAUUCAUGGCUGUGUGUGUAUAGGAUAAGUAAGCUCUGCUAUGUGUAUAAAAAAUUACUCAUUUAUUUAAAAAAUAAACAAAAUGUUGACGGCCCCCUGGAGAAAUCUUCUUGGUUGUAUUUGGAAACUGAUGGUUAGCCAAACAUCCUUGAAAUUUCAGGCCAGAUCCAGGAAAAGGAGAGCCAGUCACUUACUUUCCAUUUGUAACUCAGUCAGUUUGUUGCUUUAUUUUAAAAUUGGGAAUCUUUACCUUUCCUAUUUAUUUUCAAGCCAUUAAUCAAAAUUGUCUAGUGAUUUUUCUGUUUUCCAUUAAGGAUAACUUUUUUAAAAAUAAUAAAUAAAUGUCAGAUAGGCCUCUUUGCCCUUUUUGGACCAGACUUUCCCUUUAGAGGAUAGCAGGGUACUUUUGACUUAGGAUACAGUUACCAUCCCUGAAUGAACAGUGGUAGAUAUCUUGUAUAUCACUAGACUUUGUUAGUUAAAAUUUCAAGAUAGAAUUAUAAUGAGGUAGAUAUAUAUAGAUAUAUAUAUAUAUAUUAAUUUACUGUACCAUAUACAAGGAUACUAUUUAUUCAUUAGUCUUUGAAAAAUGAGAGACAUAUACUCAAUACAUUCUGCUCCUCAGAUCUUGAAAGAACUCUAUUAAAUGAAUAAAGAUAGUUUGAGAUUCUCCUAUCAUGGAUUCCUCCUCUGCCAUCAUUUUUCCUCUCCAGUCUCUAACCCCCAUCUCAGUUUACUUGUUUUUUUAAUUUUAUUUUUUGCUAAGCAAUUGGGGUUAAGUGACUUGUCAAGGUUAACACAGCUAGAAGUGUUAAGUGUUUGAGGCCAAAUAUGAACUUGGAGCCUUCCUACUUCAGGACUGGUGCUCUAGCCACUGCACCACCUAGUUGCCCCAUUUGUUUUUUUUUUUUUUUUUGUUUUGUUUUGUUUUGUUUUGUUUUUAAAGAACCAUCACCCAUGUCUUAAUGUUGGCACAUCAAUUAUUUCCUUUAUUAUCAUAGUUGGAAUCUCUGAAAUUGAAUUCUAUCCUAACCCUCUUAAUUCUUUAUGUAAUCCAAAAGAUAUGUGUCCAAAUGUAGGACUUGGGGGGUUGGAACUUUUGCUACAAAAGGAGCUCCUGAUUCUAGGUCACUCUCUCUCUCCCUGUUUCUACCCUGGAAUUGAAACAUAAAACAUCAGCUUCAAAUUUAUAGGCAAGUACCCUGAGCCUCCAUAUGAGCCAUGAGUAUAUCGGGCUAAGGAACUACCACAGAUUCUUUAUUCAAAACCAGAUCCACGACAUUUUGUUAUUUUAUAUUCUUUCUCCCUAUCCUAGAAACCUCCUAGGAGGUUAAGAUGUCUGUGCAGAGGACAGACUCAUAAAAGUGCAGGUAUUUUUAAAGUUAUAAUUUGAAAAUAGAUUUACAAUAGUGUUUUUAACCUGGGCCAGCAUUUUCAUUUUAAAGCAAAUUUGUCUCUUCAUAGUUUAGUAGAAGUUAUUUGAGCUCUGUUUUCCUUAAAAAAAAAUUUUUUUUUUCAAAUACCACCAACAUGAAGUAUUUGUUUUCCUAGAUGGACUAACAAAAAUCUAGUCUGUGGGAUUUGGUAGUUCUGCUUUGAAGCAGCAUUUCUCUGUGUGUAAUUUUAUCACCAUUAUCUGUAUGUUUUCUGAUGAGUAUCUACAUGCCUUCCUGGUAGCCCAGAAUUAGCUAUCAUUUGAAGUCAGCUACCAUGUACGUGCAGGCAGUGAAACCAGGUGGAACUUUCAUGGCUCUCUGUAAAGGGGUUCUGGCUUGGGAUCAGUGAACACUUUGAUUCUUGUGUUAUGUUGGUGCCUUCUUGACUCAUGAUAGAAUGUCCAUUCUCCCCCUGGUUUUGAUCUGUCCCUUAGAUGUGCUAGCCAUACAGUAAACACCCUCUAAUAAAUACUUCUUUGGUGAUAUCUUAAAAGAUUCUGGAAAAGAAGUGAUUUAGAUGAGUAAGGACUGGGACUUUUUUCCAGAGAGAGGGAUUCAGAUGUCUUUCCUCUUCAUGACCCUUUAAAGAACCUGGAGUUGAACUGAUUGAUUUCUCCUCCAACUUGGGCUCAUAGUUGGUGAUUCCUUAGAAAGGGGAUGACUGAUAAGCAUUUGGCUAAUGUACAAUUUUGGGCAAUGAUAUUUCUGACUUUGACUGUAAAAAUAUCUUGUUGAUGUUUUCUUUACCAGUUGGGUUAAAAUUUGUCCAUUCUGUGCCCUCAUGUCAACUUCUACUGGUUCCAUGUUACAGAAGAUUAGCCAUCCAUCCAUUAGGAUUUUCUUGAGUUGAAUCCUCAUGUCCACUUAGCUAAUGCUUUGAACAGAACCAGCAUUGAGGUCCGUGAAGCCCUAAUGUCUAAUUGGGCUUUCACUAGGCAAAGAAGACUCAAAGAUCCUUGGAAAAGAGAACCCAAGUAUUCAGCACAGAUCAAUAGCAAAAUUUCUUCUCAUUCAUUAAACAUGGUACAACCCAAGUGAUACAUUGGCCUGAUUUGUUGUUUCAAGUGAGAUGAGAAUCUUGACCCAGAAAAAAAGGUACCUCUUUUGGCCCAGGGACCAAGGAACAGGAUUGUAAUUUGACCUCAGAGAGGGAGUUGGAAUAUUUAAGCCUUUUUCCAAUAGAAAAAUCUAGAUAUAUAGGCCCAAAAAGGCUUUUGAUUGCUGACAUUUCCUGCUCCCACACUGGGCUUAAGAAGUCUGUCUUUACUGCUUCUUUUGGGGAGACUUUCCAUAUUCAGUUGUAGGAAGGGCAUUGCAUCAAUAAGCUAGUCUUCUGGGGACAGGGUUUUCAGUGUGUGUAUGGGCUGUUUGUUAUUUACCCACACAAUGUUGCCAGGGACAGACAUCAAGUUUCCAGGCCUUGAUGUCUCCCACCCUCCCUAGCCAAAGGGGUUGGGAAUAUUCAAAGGCCAGAGAGACCUAAGGUAUCCAUUUGCAGAAAUGAUGUAAGCACUUAUGUUAAUGUUAAAAUGUUUUCAAAGGCAAACCAUAGUUCUUCCUAGUAACUGAUGAAGCCAGUCUUUCUGAAAGUUCCUAAGAGUAUCCAGACAGACAGAAAGACCAAUAGAUGCCCACACUCAGAACUAAGAACUACUUAUUGAAGCUUUUUACUAACCCAUCAUGAAAAUGUUCAACUUAUCAUUGUCUUUAUUAGGUUUAUAUAGCCAGCUUAUGCUUUUUAGUCAUGGUUAACUCUCUCUUCUGUAUAUGUUGCACUGAAAAAGUUAAUAUUUAAUGUUUUAAUUUAUUUUGUGUGGUAAAUUAAUUUUGAUCUCUGUAACAUGUUAAUGUGAUUGGCAGUUCUUUUCCUCAAUAUCCAAGUUAGUUAUUUAAAGAGGAGCAAGCAAUAUAAAAUACAGUUUUUUGUGUUUUUCCAGAAAUGUGCACUGUGGUUUGAUUGUACUGUAUCUUGUUUUGAAGGAUGAAGGAAUGAACUCUUUUUUUUCUAAAACAUGACUGGGACUUUUUUUUUUUUAAAUAAGUUUGGCAUAUCUUUGCAACAGUGUUGAAUUUUUAUUGUACAAAUAUUAAUGUAAACAUAAGUGAAGUGAUCAUCGCUGAACUACAAGGAUUUUAAAAAUUGACAAGGAAUGCUAACUGCUCCCUAAAAUCAGUGAAAUAAUUCUGGCAAAGGGGACUUUUACCAAGGAUUUGCUGAACACACAUACUUCAUCCAGCACUGUGUAAGCUCCUUAUGGGAGAAGUAUAAAACAGUCUUCCUAUCCUAAAGGAACUUGAAACAAAGUUGGUGAGAUAAACAUAUAUAUAUAUAUAUAUACACACACAAAAAAAAAAAAUAAAUAAAUGUAAACCAGUAGAAACAAGCCUUUGAUUUAGCAAAUAGGAACUGUGUGUAAUGACAAAAACAAAAAGAUUGGGCUUCAGAGAGAAAAUAGAAGUCAGGCAAGGUGGAUCAAUAGGAUUUUUCCAUUAUUCACUUUCCAAUUUAAUUAUACAUAGUAAGGAUGAUCUUUUGAUUGAAAUUUGGGGGAAGUGUGAGUGUCAUAGUGAAUUUGGAAUUUGGGGAUCUGGGUUUGAAUAUUGGCUUUUCUGCUUGCUAGCUAAAUGACCCUGCUCUCAAAUCAUGUCACUGCUGCAGGCCUCCCCUAUAAAGGAAGAAGCUUAGAAUAGAUCAUUUUUAAGGUCCUUUCUAAUGAUGGCUUCUUGAACCUAUGAUUUUCUCUUUAGGCUUGUUGAAACUAAGGUAUUCUUCUUUAUUCCUUAGUGUCUCCUUUAAAAUAAACAUUAUAAGAACUGGCAACUGGCAUUCUUUUCUUUUCAAAAAGCAGCAAUGUCCAUUGGGAAAAGUUUUCAAAGUCAAUGGACCUGAGUUCAAAUCCUAGCUGUAUGACCUCAGUCAAUUCACUUUAUCCCUCUUGGUCUCCAUUUCUUCAUUUGUAAAAUAAGGAGUUGGAUGCAGGGUUCCCUCUGCCUUCAAAUCUAUUAUUAUUAUUCAUAUCUAUUAUUACAAAAUACUUUAUGGUUCUGAAAAUGUUGGUCUUUUUAAUAUAAUCUCAUUUGGUGCAUAAAGCUUUCUUAGAGCCACAAGAUGUUAGGGCUUCAAGAUUAUCCAGUCCUAGUCUAAUUCACUUUUCAUCUCCAUUUUGAAGAGGAGAAAGCUGAGACCCAGAGAGCAAAGAUCCCCAUUUGUUAUAUAUCCCAACAUGUUAGUCAUGUUAAUAUGUGGCUUUAUGUCAUCCACAAAUAUAAUAAACAUGCUAUCUAUACUGUUAUCAUCCAAGACAUUCAUAAAAAGUAUCCACAGGUCUGGCAGUGGCAAAGCUAAGACUUGACCCCAUGUCUUUUGAUUUUGAGUAAUGUUUUUCUCUUGGACCUCUGGACUAUGAAGGGAGUUUCUGGCUAAGCCAUAAAACUAUCCUCUGAUGUGUGGAGGCACAUCUAACCCGUCUCUCUGACCGCUUUUUCCUGUCCUCUUUAGUUUCUGAUAGUCUUCCUAAAAGAUUCUUGUCUAAACUAUUGACCAAAAAGUCUUACUUUGCCCAGUCAUACCUUCUCUUCAUCAUCUGCCUAUUCUCCAACCUGUUAUUUAUUCUAACUUUCAUCUUUGUUUCUCCUAUUAUUGUUUUUGCCCAUUGGGUCUUCAGAUCUUACCUGUUUAAUACCUUACCUCACUGUCUCACAUCUAAACUUCCUUACAACAGUUAAGUAUCAACUGGUCAGGAUGUUGGGAUCAAAUGAAAGAGAUAUUUUCUUUUUUAUUUACUCAUCAACAGAAAACUUAGGAGUAGAACAAAAUCAUCAGACUGCAGGUAUCAAGACCUUUAUAAAUAAGGCAAAGUUCUGACUUAUUCAAGAGCUAACAUACUUUCUUUUAGGACAAGAAUUGGUGUGUCUGAAAACUUAAAGGUAAAAGCAGGCAAAACUUCAGUGGAUUUUCUCCAUUUUGUCAUUUUUUAACAAAAUAGGCCAAUCAGGUAAUGCCUCACAAUAGUACUUGUCUUUUGUUGAUUUUACUUUUUCCCUCACUUUUAGAAAGAGCUUUCCCAUUUAUUAUUUCUUUUUUAACCUCUACUAUGAGGUAGGUAAGAAAAAUGGUAUGCUUAUUUUCUCCAUUUUACAGAUGAGAAAAUUGAGGCAUAGAAAAGUUAACACUUGCCCAAAGUCAAAUAAUAAAGUUUUAAAAUAAUUUAAAUAAUUUUUUAUUGAUAACAUAUAAGGAAUUAGUGAUAGUCAGACAUUUUAGAAGGAGGGAGAGAGAACAUAGUCUGAUUCAGAUAUAUUGGAUAUUUUCUAGGCUGAUAGCUCCAGAUACUAUGAGUCCCAGAGCCCUUCAACCCAAACCUACUAUAUAACCAUAUUUACUCUAAUUUCCAUCUUCCAUUAUUGCCUUUGCCCAUUGGAUUUUUCUCUUACUGCCCUGUGACUCUUGGAAUUUUGUUAGGAAUAUCACACACAGGCAUAGGCAAAGUAAUCCAGGGCAACUGUGACCAGGAGCUGAACUGGUGCAUUCCUACCUCAUGAAGUCACUUAAUAUUCUCACCCUUGUUUUGUAGGCGAACAAAGAGAGCACUACCCACAGAGGAAGAAAAGGAAUAGUAGGGACAGUCAAGGGUCUUCUGCUACCAUCCAAAUAGCAGCAAAGAGGGGAAACCUUUGGAGCAAAGAUGGGAAUUCAAGGCUAUCACUUUUUGCAAUGCUUAAUACUCUAGACCUGAAACUUAACGGGAAUGGAGGUCUUAAAAUUUUGGUAAAUCUAGAGAUUAGUAAAGCCUCAGAGGCUAUUUGGUCCAACUCCUUUGUUAUUCAGACUAGGAGAUGUAGAUCCAGGAAUUUUAAGUGACUUGCUUUAAAAAAAUUUUUUUUAGGUAACUUGUCUAUGGUUAUCCACCAGUCCACUGACUCAGCUGAUUCAAGUUCAAAUGCUGCUUCUAAUUCUUAAAUCUCAAAUGCCCAUAGACAAGAGCCUUUGUUUCCCCAUCUGCAAAAAGGACUUGGAUUAAAUGAUCUCUGGGUAUCUUUCUACCUCCAAUCUAUAAUCCUGUGAAAAUCUAAGCAAUUCUGUCAAUAAAAAGUUAUUUAAAAAAAGAAAAAAGAAAAUCUAAGCAAUUAAGAUACCUGCCACAUAUGUUCCAUGCUGCUAGCUCAAAAUCUUUGUCCUAUUUUCUGGAGUUUCAGAUAACUAGAAUAACAGCUUGAUUCUAAGUAUUUGAUGGCUAUAAAGCUCCUCUCCCCCCCCCCCCAAAAAAAAGAGAGAGAUCAUCAUGGAGAUUUGUCUUUACUAAUACUUCAAUAUGAGAGGAAAAUGGAAGCUUUGCCUUACUUUCCUUCUAUUUGAUGAAAUGCUAGAGAACCUAGGGAAUUAAUGAAAUUCAGAAGAAAGGGGGAGGGGAGUUUCUGCACUGUAUCUCAUAGGAGCAUCUCCCCCACACCAGAAAUGAGAAUGAACAAGAAACGGCCAGGAACACAUUGCUAAGUACAUAGACCAAAGUCCAAAUUAAUCAUGUUCUGUUGCAAAGGCAAAGAAACAAUGGUCAAGAGAUUCCUUGGAUGUCAAAAGUAUGGGAUCCAGAACAUGACUGAGUCAGAGGGUGUGAAUUCAAAGCCUAGUUUCUCUUCUCCUGUGUGACCAUGGAGAAAUCAUUAUUCUCCUCUGGGCUUCUUUCUUCCUCUUAAAUAUAACAGGGUUGCACUAGACAAAAUCUAACAUCUUUUCCAGUUGCAAAUCUUACAAAUCCAGGUUCCAGUUCUGAUUUUCACCAUAAUUACAUGACAUUGAGUAAUUCACUUUAAUAAACUUCCUGAACUAGUUUCCUCAUUGGUAAAAUGGGGAUAAUCCUGUUCUACCUACCUCAGAGAGGCUUUGUGAGGUUCAAGUGAGAUAAUAGAAAUAAAAGGUUUAAGGUUCUGAAUAUAUAGGUCAGAUUACAUCAUGGCCCUGCUCAAAAGCUUUCAGUAGCUCCCUAUUGUCUAAAGGAUAAAUAACAAAGUUCUCAACCUGGCUUCUGGAUCUGUUACAGCUGGUUCUUCCAGACCAAUUUGGCUACUGUUUCCAAGAUUAUUUCCUUCCCUCCCUUUACCUCCAUACAUUUAUGCAAGUUGUCCCCCAAACCUCAAACACAUCUCUACCUCCACACAUCAGUUAAAUGAAAUCUAAUCUCUAAAGUAUCUGCUUCCUUCAAGAAGUCUUUUCUAUUCCCUCAUCAGUCCACCUGAUUCAAAAUGAUUUAAAUUUCCUUAGAGAACCUUGUUUGGAUCUCUACAUUACAUUGUAUUUCCCCUUUGAGAUUAUUCCCCUAUAUAUUCUCUAUAUAUAUCUUGUCUAUAUCUAAUAAUUUACAUGUCUUCUCCAUUAGAAUGUGAGCUCCUUGAGGGCAGGGACUGUUUUUACAUUUCUUUGUAAACUUAGUGCUUAGCACAGUGCAUCUAAUAAAUGCUUUUUAACCAAA